AUUUUGUUGUUUAUGUAAUUAGAACACAUUGAAGGAAGAAAUUGAUUUUUAUAUUUCUCUAUUUAUUUUCCCAAAUAAUCCUAUUAUGUGAAUGUUAUUUGCAGUAAAAACAUUGUUUAGGAACAGGCCUACGUUAUAAGAGUAGUGUUUUAGUCUAAUAUUGCUAGUCAAGCCAAAAUGAGGCCCAAAUAUUUUUCAAUAUUUGUUCCAGUUUUACUACUAUUUUUACCUUGUUUUGUUACUCCUGAAGAAAGUUUUGUUUAUGAUUAUGGCUCAGAUAAUUUUAAGCAACAAAUUGAAGAGAUGGAUGGCAAUUUUAUAAUGUUUUAUGCACCUUGGUGUCGUCAUUGUACUGACUUCCACCCGAUUUGGAUGGAGCUAGCAGAACUAGUGAACACCAAAAACUCAAAAUUUGCCAUUGCUCAAGUGGACUGCACGGUUCACUCCAAACUUUGUCAUGAAAAUGACAUCACAGGGUAUCCAACACUAUUAUACUUCCAUAAAAAUUCGUUUCUCCCAGUGGAGUAUAAGGGCACAAGGGAUCUGCCUUCCCUCACUCUGUUUCUUAGUGAAGUGUUUACUAUGAAAACUGGUAUAGAUACAGACAAGGAUGCAAGUGAAGUGAAGAUAUACAGUGGUAUGGCGUACCUAACAGACCAGAACAUUGAGAAGUUUGUGUCUAAAGGGCAACACUUUAUCAUGUUUUAUGCUCCAUGGUGCAAAGCUUCACAGAAACUGGCGCCAGUGUGGGGCGAGCUCGCUGUACAGUAUGCACAUAAUGAAUACAUACAGACAGGUAAAGUCAACUGUAUGGACAAUGAGAUGACCUGCAAGAACUUUGACAUCAAGCAGUAUCCUUUCUUGCUUUGGAUUGUCAAUGGGAGAAUUAUGGGAGUAACAGAUGUGGAGACGUUAGAAGAGCUGAAAGCGUAUGUAGAGAAGAUGCUUCUGUCAGAGAACCACGACCCAGAGAAGUUUAUGAAGAAGAAAAAAGUACUGCCCGUGGCCAGGAUCUCGGAGGAGACCUUCGAGACCUUCCUCGAGAAGGAACUUGUCUUCGUCAACUACUUCGCACCCUGGUGCGCUCACUGCAUGCAGUUAAGUCCGCUCUGGAUAAAACUCGGUGAAAAAUUCCAAAACGAAAGCAGAGUCCUGAUUGCGGAUGUGGACUGUGUGAGAUCUAAACCAAUCUGUGAAAUGGAAAAGAUAAACGGUCUUCCGACGCUAAUCCUGUAUAAACAUAAGAAGAUUGUGAAUGUAGACCACGGCGGGCGCCCGCUGGACAGCUUGAUAUCCUUAGUGAAUGAACACCUUGAAGGCAAAGACGAACCUGUGCCCGCCACAGAGGCCCCCAAAGACGAGCUAUAAAACUAGGUAGAACAAUAAACCAAUUUACAUUA